AUGAGUUCUCCUUCGAGUCCACUCUUCAAUCAACCUCUCUCGACGCCGAUAUCUGAUAUACAUGACAUCAGAUAUAAUUCUCCAAUCCAAACCUACUUAGCGGACGUUCUGCGCGUGCCGGAAUAUGUCAGAUUACUUUCGCUGAAGAACGAGGGUUGGACAAAUGAUCAGAUGGAGAGAGGCUUUCAGGACAGGCGACGGGAGGCGCAUACCUACGAUCGCAACCCCACAUUCGAUCCAAGCAAAAACGUGUUCUUCGUCAAGGGACAAAAAGUCAUGAAUGAAUUAGACGACCAGCUCAGUCUAAUCCCACCGUUCCGAAGUUUCCAAUUCCUGGAUCUCUGCUGCUGCCCAGGAGGCUUUUCUCAGUAUAUUCUCCAGAAGAAUAGAAGAGCUCAAGGACAAGGAUUCUCACUUCCUCCUAAAAAGGGGGGUCAUCGACUUUCCAUCACCGAACGCACUCGCUGGAAGAUAACCUAUCAAGACAUUACGCGCUACGACUUUUACACACCCUUUCUAUCUGGACCUCUCCCCUCCGAGUCACUCGUCACAACGGACGACGGCGACGCAUACGAUCUACAGCCUCUCCCCGAGCUUCCACCUCAAGAUCUCGUCAUUGCAGAUGGCCAAUUUCUCCGUUCAAUAAUAGUAGCCGAAGGGACAACCGUUGGUCACGAACCUUACGCCCGGCUCACAUACUCUCAACUCGUCUUCGCUCUCACUUUUCUCCGCCCGGGCGGAACUCUUGUCUUCAAGUUAACUCACUGCGACCGUUAUUCCACCAUCCGAAUAAUUCUUAACCUACAAUCUGUCGCCGAUACCCUCACAUGUUUCAAGCCCAAGAGCUGCUGGUCCGACCGCGCCUCGUUUUAUGUUGUCGCCAAAGGCGUGCGGACAGACUCGCCGAGCUGUGGGGCCUUGGUCAGAGAGUGGGCCACUAGCCUUCGUGGUCUAAUGACGGAUAUCGUAGUGCCGGAAGACGGCCUCGAGAAGGAGGAUAGGGACAGGUUGACUGAAGAGAUGAUUGGGCGGGGAGAGAUCGUGCCAUUGGUGCCGAUGUUCAAGCAGGUGUGGAGGACGCAGGCGGAUAGGCUAGAGCAGAUGCUUCAUCAACGGUCGAAGUUUGGUCGAGGUGGUCUCUAG